AUGGCAGAUGAUUUAGAUGAUGAUGGCGGGAUUAAUUGCUCAGUUGAUGAGAGAGAUGAGUUGCCUCAGAAUACUGAUCAGCAGAUUGAGCAAAAUGAGCCUAAAAUUGGGAUGGAGUUUAAUGAUCCAGAUGAAUUGUUUGAGUUCUACAGAGACUAUGCAAAGAGCAGUGGAUUUCCAGAGUGUGACCUUACAAGCUACAGAGUUGGGUGUAAUGCAAAGAUAACAGCUAGGUUAAAUCUGGACGGAAGAUGGGAAAUAUCUGUGGUUGUUCUGGAGCAUAAUCACGGCCUUAGCCCUACUAAAAGUCAUUUCUUUCGAUGCAACCGAAGAAUUAGUGCACAUGUUAGACAUCAAAUUAAUUUGAAUGAUCAAGCCGGAAUCAGAAUCAACAAAAAUUUUAGCUCACUGGUACAUGAGGCUGGAGGAUAUGAGAAUCUGUUGUGUGAUGAAAAGGCUUGUAGGAACUUGGUUGAUGAAUCAAGGCGUUUACGUCUCGGCGAAGGUGAUGCUUUAGCGAUUAUGAAAUAUUUUUCAAGGAUGGUUGCAGAAAAUGAUGAUGGUAGGAGCAGAGAAGCUUACAAAGAGUUUGGUGAGGUCGUCACUUUUGAUACCACAUACUUAACAAAUAAGUAUGAUAUGUCAUUUGCACCAUUUGUUGGCGUUAACCAUCAUGGGCAAUCAAUUUUUCUUGGAUGUGGGUUGAUUUCAAAAGAAGACACAGAGACUUUCAUAUGGCUAUUUACGAAGUGGGUUGAAUGCAUGGAUGGAUGUGCUCCGCAAGGGAUAAUAACUGACCAAGCAAGAGCCAUGAAAAAUGCAAUUGAGAUUGUUUUUCCAAACACUAGACACAGAUGGUGUUUGUGGCAUAUAAUGAAGAAGCUGUCAGAAAAGUUAGGAAGGUACACUGAAUAUGAGGCCAUAAGUUCAACCAUGAAAGGAGUGGUGUAUGAUACACAAAGUCCACAAGAGUUUGAAAUACAGUGGAAUGAAAUGGUUGACAUGUAUGGAUUGGAGGAUUGUGAUUGGUUAGGUGAAUUGUACGAGGAGAGAAACCGAUGGGUUCCAUGUUUUGUCAAAAAUUAUUUUUGGGCAGGAAUGUCAACUACUCAGCGAAGUGAAAGCAUGAAUGCUUUUUUUGAUGGAUAUGUCAAUUCGAAAACAAGUCUGAAACAAUUUGUAGAGCAGUAUGAAAAUGCAUUAAGAAACAAGACUGAAAAGGAGAUGCGGGCCGAUGCUGAGUCAUUUUCAAAAGUAAAAGCUACCGCAACAACUUAUGAUAUGGAGAGUCAAAUUCAGGGAGUCUACACUUUAGCAAAGUUUAAAGAGUUUCAAGCUGAAUUCACGGGAAAGAUAUAUUGUGAUAUUGUAAACUUUCAAGAGGGAGCAGGGGUGCUUGAGUAUGUCAUUUGGGACUUAACUUUGCGGUUGGAGGGCGGCAAAAGGAUUCCUAAAUUCUUCAAAGUAUCCUUUCGUGAAACGAACAGUGAAGUUGAAUGUAGUUGUCAGUUGUUUGUGUUUAAAGGCAUAGUAUGUAGACAUGCCCUUACCAUUCUUAUUCGUCACGAAGUCAGCUUUCUUCCGGAAAAGUACAUUCUACGAAGGUGGCGAAAGGAUGUGAGGCGAGCCCACUCGAAGAUGAAAGUUAAAUUUAAUACUUGGGUUGUCACACCUGAACAAUUACGCUAUCGCGAGCUAUGUCUUGCAUUUAUUGAGGUUGCUGAUCUUGUUGCUCAAAACAAUCAUGAAUGUGAGGUUGUUAAAAAAUGGAUAGACACCAAAUUUAGAGAACUACAACUUGCUGAAUCAAGUCAGAAAGGAAAAGAAGUAGAGAUGAAUCAUGAUUUUGUGGAAGAAGAAAAGGAAUAUGAAAAGGAUGAAAAUGAAAACAUAUUGGAUCCUCUCUCUCAGACUCGGAAAGGUCGGCCUAGGCAAAACAGAAUUAAGCCAACAAGUAGGCGAAGAAAGAAGAAAAUUGAUCUAGCUGCUAAUGUGCCCGUCAACAAUCCAUCACAGUCUCAAGAGGGUGUUCAUUCCUACACACAAGAUAACAUGUUGGUAAGAUAUAGCGGUUUCAAAUGUUUACAUGACACAAGCAAAUACUGUGCAUCCAUGGGGAAUGCAGUUGGUGGACCUACGGUUGCAUAUCCAGAUCCAGAGUGUGAUUUUCCAUUGCCUGUUACUGCAUACGGAUGUUAUUGUCCUGCUGCUCCUGCUGCUUCUGUUACUGCUGUUGGAAAACUAUGUUAUCUUUGA